GGCGGGGCGGCUCCUCUUUCGCAAGAGUCGGUCAGGCGAGCUGCGCGCAUGCGCUAUGGAGCCGGCGGCCGCCGCGAGCCAGUCAGCCGAGGCAAGGAGUUUGUGAGGGAAGGAGCGACGCGGGCCGGCUUGGGCGGCGUCUUCCUGCCUGCCUGCCUGCCUGCCUGCCUGCCUCCCUCCCUCCUCGGGAGCUGGGCCGUUGCGCGUGGAGGGCGAGCGGAGGAGCCGGCGCGGUUUGAGUUCGGAGGCUGACUGGCCUCUUGACGUGGUGGCCCUAAACCCGCAUUGGGGGACAUCUUGGCCUCUUUCAUCCAGCAGCGCUGUGGGGAUCCUUUUGCGUGUGGCGGGUGCAGCCACAGCCCUUCUCCCAUCUUCCCGUGGAUGCCUGCCUCCCUCCCGCCUCCAUCAUGGGCAAGGUGCUGUCCAAGAUCUUUGGCAACAAGGAGAUGCGGAUUUUGAUGCUGGGCCUGGACGCGGCCGGGAAGACCACCAUCCUCUACAAACUGAAGCUGGGCCAGGCGGUCACGACCAUCCCAACCGUGGGCUUCAACGUGGAGACGGUGACUUACAAAAACGUCAAGUUUAACGUGUGGGAUGUGGGGGGCCAGGAUAAGAUCCGGCCGCUGUGGCGGCACUACUACACAGGCACUCAGGGCCUGAUAUUCGUGGUGGACUGCGCUGACCGGGACCGCAUUGACGAGGCCCGCCAGGAAUUGCACCGCAUAAUCAAUGACCGAGAGAUGCGGGAUGCUAUCAUCCUUAUCUUCGCCAAUAAGCAGGACCUUCCUGACGCCAUGAAGCCGCACGAGAUCCAAGAGAAACUGGGCCUGACCCGAAUUAGGGAUAGGAAUUGGUACGUUCAGCCGUCCUGUGCCACCUCGGGCGAUGGACUCUAUGAAGGGCUGACAUGGUUAACAUCUAAUUAUAAAUCCUAAUGAUUGUUUUAAAAAAUGGCAAACUGUUAUUAGUCUUCAAGAGAGUUUAGCGGGGGAAAGAAACACUGUGGCUUCCCAGAAAAGAAUGAUUCUCCGUACUAAAACGUUCAAAAAUUAAGCAUCCAUAGGAUUUUAACGAUUGCUCACCUCUUCUCCAAUUACCCCCCUUUUCUUCUACACUCUUGACUGGAUCCCCAGUUUAAUACAAUUCUUCCUUGGUGUUAAGAUGCUCUAAUUUUCAACUGAACGAACACAAGCACUAGUUUCUAUGGCAAACUUUCAGCAACGUGGGGGUAACAGACACGUGUUCUAGCUUUGCAAAAUAACUUUUCUCCUAUAUUAAGAGCCCUUGUUAUGAUGGUUUGACUUCAUUUGUUUGAGUCCUGGGGCUAAGGUAUCACUUUUUAAAAUGUAUGCUUUCUGAUUCAAUUCCCCCCCCCUCCAUCUUCACCUGCUGUAGAUUUGCUUCUUUUUGCAAUCAUGCAGAAUAUGUUGGUAGGUCUUUGUUAUCUAGUAAACUGACAACCAUUGCUUUUGAACAAACUGCAGUCUGUCCUCUUUAUGGCAAGAGUUUACCUAUAACUAAGAAGGGAACUUAAAUUUUUAUCUCCUUUAUCUGGCCUUUGACAAAUCGGGAAGAUAGCAUUUAGAAUAAAUGUGUGGUUGCUUGCUUGGCCUGACUUUGGCUAGGUAAUGCAAGAACAAUGCAAGAAUGUUGGCUGUAAGGGGUUAUGAACCAAAUAUCAUGCAUGCACGAACAAGGAUGCAAAUAAAGUUUCCACUCUAAAUAGCAACCAUAUGCAGGAUGAAAUGAGACUAGUGUCAAACCACAGUUCCUGUAUUUUGCAUUGUAAAGUUAAUUUUUCAGCUGCAAUAUCAAUUAUGUUACUUUCCAGUUUCAGUGCAAAAAAAAUACUUUCAUUCCAUGAAGUGCAGCAAUAAUUUGUAAGCAUCACUGUGUGACACGCAUUGCUUUUUAAAGUCAUAAACCUGUAGUCAAAACUUGAAUGUUAAAACUAUUCCUGUCUUAACAGUUGAAACAAAUAUGGCAGUAUCACAUUUGGUCUAAAAGCUUAGAGAAAAUAUUUUUAGACUUUUAUCUUGGCUUCUAAGAUGCGCCUUUAUUAACUUCAGGGGGCGAGGGGAGUCUGCAUUUGCUUCUAUAUUAUGAUUUGAAUACGGUAUUAAAACUCACUGGGAUGUAUCAGAAUGAAGGAAGAAUAUGACAACUUGGUUUUGCAGAUGCUACUAAGCUAGAUAAAACAACUGUCUGUCUUUGGAAGUUGCAGCUCUUCCGUCUCCUGCAAAACCAUGCUGGAUAAAUGCAGGCAGUAACAGGCAGAAGUAGCCUUCUGUUCUGGUAGUACCUUUACUUGAUCUGUUGGAUGUUUAAAUUUAUAAAGCCCUUUGGAAGGGUAGCUAAUGGUUGGGUUGGAGAGUGAGCAAACGACUAUGAAUGUAAACUUCCAAGUUCUGUUCUUCAAGGGCAAGCAUCUCAUUUUGCCAUAUUGCAGCUUUCAAAUGUCUGAUUAGUUGUAUGCGGGGGAAGUGAUUGUGAAUUCAGGUUAGCAUAAAAAUGGUUUCAAUCAAAUAUUAAUACUGGGUGCAAAAAUGUAGAGCAGCUGGUUCUUAUUCAGCCUUAAGGAUUAAUUUUGGAUUUCCUCAAGGAGUAAAACUCAUCUGAGGAAUUUUAGGAAUGUAUUGCUACAAAACCAGAAGAUUUUUUUUUCUUUAAGGGUAUAAGUUUAAAAUAAAAUUGGGGCAUUACACUACACUUCAGUGUUGAUUUUGCUAUUUAAAUUGUGGACUCUGGAGCUUGUACCAAAGAUGUUUGAAGUGGGGGGGGGGGAAGUAACGAGGAAUUAUUUCUUAAAAGUGAAUGCUUAGCAUCACUUAACAGAACAUGUUAUGCUCUGAUUCUGGUUAUACCAUUGUUUGAUUGUUACUUUUUUAAAUCCCCCCAAAUUGAAUGAGAAUUUUCCCCUUAAACAAUGUUUAGUGUCAUAGCAAUGAAAUGAAUCUUAAUAGGAAAUACAAAAAACAUUCUGCUAAAGAAAAUAAAUUUGAGAAAAAUGAAUUAAAUUGUUACAUUCUGGUUGUGUUAAAAAAAAAUUAAGAAUAUUUUUUCCUAGCAGCAUUGGUAAAGUGGUAAUACACACAAAAAAAGUCCAUAAACUGUCGUCUUCUGGAAUUACUAAAAGCCAAGCACAAAGUAGUUGCCUAAACUGGAAAACUUGAAGAUCUGUUACUGGUUCUCAAACUUUCAUAUAAAUCUUUUAAUUGCAGUGAAACAUGGGUGGCUUUACCUUUGGUGUAGAGUUUAUUGUAUCUUUUCUCUGACCGAGGAUGACUCAAACCUACAUACAAUUUCUACUUUAAGUUGAAUACGUGACUUUUAUAUGUUCUUUAAUUUGUUCUUCUAGGUAUGCUGGUUUUGUAGGUAAAAAGAAUAAAUAUAACUGUUUUUCCCUUAUAAAUCACCAGUUUUGGGUGGGAACUAUGAAGUUGAAUGAAAUGUGUGGCAAAUGCAUCAAAUAAUUUUUGCUACUGAACAAAAGUGACAGAGGUUUCAUUUUAAGUGUCCCUUUUCAAAGAAACAAGGUUUUGUCUUCUACAGCUCAAAGUAGCCAUAAAAACAAUGGCUUUAGACAUUUAUCUACAGCUUGAAAGAUAACAUGCAAUCUGUUAGAGUUCUUUUUUAAAAAAAUUCAGUACAUCCAACUUCUGUGUUCAUGUGACUCUAUAAAGUGCAACUGAAUACGUUUUUGAAUGGCGUUAAAUUUGUCUGAUAAGUGAAUGAGUCUGUAGACUGUGAUCUCCCUGAAUAAAGUAAACAGGAAUUUUUGUGUCCGCAAUAUGGUUGUAGUGUUGGUUAAAGAACUAAUAAGCAGAAAAUAAAGCAAUUAUACAGCACACCUCUCCUGUUAUGCUUGAAUGUGGGAGAAAGAAGGGUAUUUGAAUGGAUGGUUUUGGAUGUCUGAGCUCUCUAGCAGGUGUUAAA